AUGUCCGAACAUGAGGAAAGGUCAGGUCCGCACUCCCAUAACGAGACACCCCCGUUGAAGGAUGCCGACGAGAAUGGCAAGACGGAGCAGGAUGUCUCGGAGGAGGAGGAGGUCCCAUUGACGCGCGCGCAGAAGGUGAAGCGCCAUCUGAGGCGCUUUUGGUACUAUUACCUUGGGGCGCUUGUCUUCCUUAUUAUCUUCCUGCCUGUCUUCUUCCUGGUUGUCAUCCCAGCAGUCGCACAACUCGUCAUCAACCAGUCAGACCUCGUCUUGGUAGAUGCCAUGGUCGCCCAGCCAGAGGACACCUCAGUCAUCCUGACAAUCCAAGCCAAGAUCAACCUGAAAGUCGUCCUCCCCGUUCGAAUCGAGCCCGUUACCUUAGGCCUGUUUGACCGCGCGCUCGGAUCGGACGCCGCAUACGCCGAGGCCGAUAUCCCCGGGCAGGUAAUCAAGGGCAAUUACACACUAGGAAUCAAAGACACGCCUACGCCGAUCCUCAACAUGGCAGCCUUCAAGGCGUUCGUGCACGAGGUCGUCUUCAUGGAGGAUGCGACUCUCUCCGUGACGGGGGCGACGAAUGGAUAUCUAGGUGUUUUGAAAUGUCCUGUCACUAUCGACAAGGACAUCACGAGUCCCGGCCUCAACCAGUUCAAGGGCUUCAGCAUAACCAACGGCGCCCUCGUCAAGGCCCGGCCAGACGGCACAAACCUCAUCGGCAACGUAACCCUGCCCAAUCCCACCGUCAUCACGCUCGACGUCGGCACGCUCGUCCUCGACGUCAAGAGUGGGGAUCUCCUGAUUGGAAACGCAACGAUAAACAACGUCCGACUCGUGCCCGGAAGCAACACCUUCCCCCUCAACGGCGUGCUCUCGAUCAGCACCGUCCUGGACAACCUCGGCGACGUCCUAUCCACACAAGGGCCCUCCCUCAAAGCCGGGAAUCUGAGUCUCAAUGCCGUGACCAGGUCGAUUACGUUCGAGGGCAAUUAUGUGCCGUAUUACACCGAGGUGCUGCGCACGCUUACCCUGACUGCGAAUAUCGGGAUUGCGGAUUUCCUGAAGAACACUAUCCAGAAUAUGGACUUGGGUAGUAUUCUCAGUGGAGCGAAGAACAAUUCUAGCGCGAAGGCGCUGAUUGAUGGAGCGGAGAGUAAGGCCAAGGAUGGUGGUGGGAGUGGGUUGGCUGGCCUCGCCGAUAGUUUCAAGCGCAAUAUCCAUGUUCGGGACGUCCUGCAGAAGGAUCACCCUGAUAACGGGGAUAUUAUUAUAGAGUCGCUGGUUCGGACGUUGGAUGAGCCAUAG